AUGGAAGCAAAUUCAUCUGAAAAUAGUAAUUUAAGUUUGAUGCUGAGUAUAACUGGGUCAGGAAACAGAGUAAAUUCUACCUCUGCACAGCCACUCCCUAUCGGCUACUAUGGCGAAACUCGUGAGUUCCUAUGGAAGAUAGUGCCGCCAAUUUUGAUACUGUGUGGCACCACUGGCAACACGUUGACAAUCAUCGUUACCAUGCGUAUGAAGAAAUUAUCUUCCACGGCACUAUACUUGUUGAUACUAGCUGUUUCGGACACGACAAUUCUCUUAUGUGGACCUUUAAAGAACUGGCUCAAAUAUGCAUGGGGCAAAGAUAUUCGCAAACUAAGCGAUCCGAGCUGCAAAGUUCAGCUUUACCUCACGUAUGCUAGCAUCCACUUCUCGUCAUGGCUUCUCGUUGCGGUGACAAUGGAGCGUACUAUCAGUGUGGUGUUUCCACAUAAAGUUAAUGUAAACUGUACACGAAGAAAUGCAUGUUUAAUAAUCCUGACAUUGUUUGUGUUCACGUUUGGUGUUGAUGCCGUGGUUCCUGCUACUCACAGUCGUGUGGGAUAUGGCGGGUUUAGUUGUGCACCUACCACAAAAGCAUACUUGAACUUCCGGAACAAUGUAUGGCAGUGGAUAGACUUCUGUAUGGCGUUUGCAGUUCCAUUUAUAUUUCUAGUACUAGGAAACACCGUAAUAAUAGUCAAACUCUAUAAAUCUCGUGUAAAAUGGAAACAGAUGUCAGGAAGUGGAAGACAAAAAGACGGAAACCUUGGUCGUAAAGAUUCUGCAGUAUAUGUGUUAAUGUUGGCACUUUGUAUUAUUUUCUUACUGACCAUGGCUCCAGUGACUGUUUACCAAAUCUGCUCUCCGUAUCGAUUAAUAGAAAUCUUUGCACUGUAUAGAAUUGAUCGAGACGCAGGCUGGACUGAGUACCAACUCCAUUUGCUUCAGCACACCAUAGUUAAUCUUGUUGCAUAUACAAACGCGGCCUUCAACUUUGUUCUGUACGUAUUCACCGGUACGAAGUUUCGCACCGAGUUGAUCCGGUUGUUUCGCAGUAGUCGCGCGCAGAGUGUUUGA